AUGCCUCAAUCGAAGGCUUCCCUGUAUCUGCAGGACAAUAAUUUCAAAUUUCAACAUCAUCAUCACGGCGCCACAAUUGCCAAUAACAAUGAUAAGCAGCCACGUCAACCACUUGGUCAGGCAUUUGACCUUAGUUCAUUAGGUGCUGACUUACCUCCAAAUACAGGUCCACCCGGUACGGUGCCAGUCACUAAUGGUUCAUCAUCAAACGCCAAUAAAAAUUUGAGUCAUGUUCCAUGUAAGUUCUUCAAACAAGGAAAUUGUCAAGCUGGUGACUCAUGUCCAUUUUCUCAUAAUGUUGAAGGCGCUUUAGCUGCUGAUAGGUUGCCUUGUAAAUACUUUUUGCGCGGAAAUUGCAAAUUUGGUUUGAAAUGUGCCUUGGCUCAUUAUUUACCUGAUGGUACAAGAGUUAAUGCAAAGAAUAUCUUAAGUACUAAUGGAAAUAAUAAUGGUAAUGGUUAUUCUAAUCAAAGUUAUGGUGCAAAACAACAAAGGUAUAGCCAUGGACAAACUACGAAUUACAAUAUAAAUCAAGGUAAUGCUUCAAGUCAAACGAAAGCCUCGCCUGAGUAUUCUUAUGGCAGGAUGGAAAAUCCAGAAGAGGAAUUCACUGCACGUGCACGUUAUACCAGUGUAUCUCCUCCAGAUGCACACCCUGCUGGAGUUGCCACACUUUCAAGUACUGGUUAUUAUAAUAACUAUCACGUGAACCAACAUUCACAAUCACAACAACAAUCACAGCCUUCAAAACAGCCAGCAUUUCCGCAAUUUGGGCAACAAAAUUUAUACCCACAACAGCAACAGCAACAGCAACAGCAACAAUACCAGCAACCACAGCAGCAUUAUACCCAAUCCCGUCAUGUCACACCACAAGAGGCUCCAAUUUCGCUCAACACUUUAACUGAUGAUAGUAUUACCAGGUUCGUGAGACAGCUGCAACAAGAGCAGCAAACACCCCGCAAGCAAGAAUCACUUAGUUGGUCACCAGUUGAGCAGUACACAAAGCCAGCUGAUUAUCAAUAUCCACAAUGGGGUGUCCAACAUAGGAGAGUCAGUUCACAUAACCAACCACAUAGCUUGGGAAAUACCUAUUCCAAUGCACUCUCUGAUGUUUCAGCGUUCAAUGUGCCAACAACUCAACUGCAGAAUACUAUACGUAGGUCUUAUUCAACUGGUGGGCAAUUUCCUACUUUAAGGACAGCAAUUUCGCCACCACAAUCAUGUGCCACGUCAGGUGUAAACAUCCAGUCGUCAACGCCUUCAGCAAAUACACCAACUUCUCGUUUUUCAUUCAGUUCUGGUGCAUCAACUGCUUUUUCUCAAGUUAAUGAUUAUAGCUUACCCAUUAAGCCAAAUAACUUGCAGUGUCUGUACCAAAACAUCUCCUUAGCGUCACCAGUUUUUGAUGACGAAGAGGAUGAAGGAAGAGAGAGCAAUGGUUUCGAUUACAAUAGUAGUAAGCCUCAGGGCAACUCUGAUGCAGUGUUUGAGGAGGAUUUCUUACCUGGCUCGUUGGCUGAUGUCAUUUUAACCCCACAAGAGUUGAAAAGACGUGAUUCAAGAUCACAAAGUGGAACGUUGAAUAAUAGACAAAGUUUGCGUGGUUUGCUUGAAGAGAUUGGAUAUACUGAAGUUGAUGAAGAGGAUGAUUUCGAUGUGAAGCCUAGAGCAACUCCUCAUGAAGAUGUUUUUCUCAUGGAGUGA